ACACAGUGUGUAAGUGAGACACAAUUAGUCAAAUUAACUUUGACUGCAAAUGAUAUGGUAGUCUGUGAAUGACUGUCAGGGUUUGUAAUAGCUGUUACAAAGUGCACCAUAUCAGAACCAUCAUGAAGUUAAUAGGUAAUAUAGAGCCAUUGCUAUAGGUGAAACAUUUACAACAAUGUUGUAAAUAAGAAUGAGAAGCAAAUAUGUAAGCCUUAUUGUACUUGUAAACUGUAUCUUAAACUUGGGGAAUUUAUUUAUUUUAAAGGGCGUGACAAGAAGUAAUUAAUCCAGAAAGGUCCAACACUAUGAUAACUAAAAUAUAUAAACAAUGUUUGAUACUCUUUAUUUUGGAAUAACGCCAGCAGAUACGAAAAUGUAUUUAUUAAUAUUUGCUUUCUAUAUCAUUGUGAUCAGUAUUACAUGGUAACUAGAUUACAACUAUAUAGCAAACAUGCCAUAACAUGCCAAUUUUCAACCCUAUUUUAGUUCUUAUGGUGUUUCUGUUAUCGUUAAAACAUGCUGGGGUUUUUUCUCCAAGAAAAACAAAUACAUUUUUGUUUGUAUAAUGAGCCCCUCCUAGAGUAAAGCCAGACCAAAUCAAUGCAUAGGUAAAAACAGAGGUGGAAAAAGUACUCGGAUCUCAUUAUCAUAAGAAAAAAACGUAAUAAAAAGCAACUUAUGGAUGUUUUCUUUGGCUGAACCUAUUUUUUAACAACAAAAGCUGCAUUUUAAAGUCCCCAAGCUUUGGGGUUUUGGCCUAUUGUGGCACUGUUUGCUUUCCAUACAACCAGCUAGCUGACACGUUACGUAAGCGCGUAGCCACAGAAGGCAUUUAAACAGUGUGGCUGCGAAGAUCCAGCUGGAAACUUUUCCUCUCCUGCUGACGCUCCAGAGACCUGUGUGUCUUCAACUUCAACACUCGGCACACAUUCACCACCCAGACAUGUCCUCUUUUAACAGCAUUGUGAGCUUGGAAGAGGCAAGGAGAGUGGCUAUUUUCGGAGGAACGCACGGGAACGAGAUGUCAGGCGUGACGCUGGUGAACCUGUGGGUGAAAAACGGCGCCGAGAUCCAGAGGAAAGGGGUCGAAACCAAACCGUUCAUCACCAACCCGAAGGCUGUGGAGAAGUGCGCCAGAUAUGUGGACACGGACCUGAACCGAGCCUUCACCCCGGAAAACCUCAGUGCCCCUCAAGGAGACAACCAGCCCUACGAGGUGCAGAGAGCCCAGGAGAUCAAUGGGAUAUUCGGACCCAAAGGAAGCCCAGAUGCCUACGAUGUUAUCUUCGACCUCCACAACACGACGUCCAACAUGGGCUGCACCCUGAUCCUGGAGAGCUCCAAAGACCACUUCAAUCUGCAGAUGAUGAACUACAUCAAGAAAGCCAUCGCUCCAAGUAGUUGUCUUGUUCUGCUGAAUGAACAUCCUCUUUUGAAAUAUUCCACUUCCCGCUCUAUUGCCAAGCACCCUGUUGGUCUGGAAGUGGGUCCCCAGCCUCAAGGUGUUUUGAGGAGCAACAUAUUUGAAGCUAUGAGGGUGAUACUGAAACAUGCGCUGGACUUCAUUGAACUGUUUAAUGAAGGCAUGGAGUUCCCUUCCUGUACAGUAGAAGUUUUCCGGGUCUUAGAGAGGAUCGACUACCCCAGAGAUGCCAACGGAAACAUCAUAGCUAUGGUGCAUCCCAAUCUGCAGGACUGUGACUGGGAGCCGCUGAACCCCGGUGACCCUAUGUUCCAAACUUUUGAUGGAAAGACCAUCCGGUUCCAAGGCUCAGGAACGGUCUACCCCACUUUUAUUAAUGAGGCGGCCUAUUAUGAAAAACAACAGGCAUUUGUUACCACCAGACGAGAAAGCUUGGUGGCCAGUUCCAUCAGAAAAGUAUGAAAACUGUUUGUAAAGGCUUCAAUGAUUCUUUGUUAGCCACAAUAACAAAUCUGUGUAUAGACUUUUCUCACCGAAUAUUGACGAGAUACCAUAUUUUACACACUGCUUUCUUUUUUCUAUGCAUUUACUAUCUCCUAACUAUGCAAAGAACCUUUUUUAGAGGCUUUGCAAAAAGUCACUGUGAAAGUCUUUGAUUUAAAGGCUGGUAUAUUGCUGUGGUAAGUAUUUAUGAUACUGAUGUUAUUUAAAAAAUAUAUUUACAUUAAAUCAACUAAGUUUUUAUAACAUUAAACGCCAAGCCUAAUUAUUGAUGGCUGAUAAAUCACCAUACAUCACUCUUUAAGUUUCUUACAACUGCUCAGGACAGCCAUUUUGGAUCAUAACCUGCAACCUUUGACCCAAAACUGUAGUUGUUUGUCCUCUUAUAUUUGUAACAUAUUUUGAAGGGUGUGUUUGUGGCCUUUGAUACAUACCUGUAACUCCAGUGGUUGCAUCUGUGGUGCUGUCCUAGUCUUGCCUUAAUAGAGAUUUAACAAUAAAACUUGCACAACAAAAAUCUGAGGUGAAAUUUAUAGAAAAUAUGUUGGAUAACAUAUUUUGAUAAGAAAUUGUCCUGAUCCUCUAAACAAAUGGGAUGCAGUUUGAAACAUGUUUUAUAAUCAUAUAUUUGUGUCUAUUUUUAUAUACUUGUACUGUACGUUUUAAGUGACGUUUAGGAUUCUCGGAGGGCAUAUGUACUUUUAAUAUUUUUUUACGUCUUUGUUGUGUCAAAGUGUAUCGCUGUGGUGUUACGGUCAUUCAUUUUCUAAUUAGCAAUAUUUUUGGUAGCACUAUUUAUGUGAUGAGUAACGUUUACUGUCUUAAAGUCCUGUGGAAAUUAUCCGAUCAAUAAAUGUAGUACUAUGCUAAA